CCAGGUAACCCGGAACCGAAGCGGCUUUCUACGCCGGACCGACCUGUAGGCCGCGGGCCGCGUUAGCGAGCCGGACAAUGGGCUCACUUGUCCAGGAGGCCUCGUUCGCUCAGGAAGCGUUUGAACAGCACCUGGCCGAGACGAGGUAGCGACAAACCUGCUACUUGGGUUGCAAGAGCACAGUGCAUGACGGUCUGAGGCUGAUCACUCCCCUGUUAAGUCUUUGAGGAGGGUGGGGUGGGUGCAGGGGGACAGCUGCAAUAACCACUCCGAGCAUGGGGCAAAAAGUCCCAGGUGGCAUUAAAACCAUUGAUAUGCGGGACCCAGCGUUCAGCCCCCUGAAGCAGGAGCUACAGGCCCUGAGUCACACCAAGCCGUCUCGACUGGACCUGCUGCUGGACAUACCGCCCGCCAGCGCAGACGUCCAGGUCCAGCACUCGUGGAACAACGAUGACCGCUCCCUCAACAUCUUUGUCAAGGACGACAACAAGCUGGUGUUUCACCGGCACCCCGUGGCGCAGAGCACGGACGCCAUCAGGGGGCGCGUCGGCUACACGAGGGGCUUGCACGUGUGGGAGAUCAGCUGGGCCAUGCGUCAGAGGGGAACGCACGCUGUGGUUGGAGUGGCUUCAAGUGAUGCCCCGUUACACUCGGUGGGCUACACCGAUUUGGUGGGGAGCAACGCUGAUUCCUGGGGCUGGGACCUGUGCCGGAGUAAACUCUACCACGACGGCAAGAACCACCCAGGAAAAACCUACCCGGCCUUUCUCGAGCCAGACGACACCUUCAUAAUACCAGACUCCCUGUUGGUGGUGUUGGACAUGGAUGAGGGGACUCUGGGUUACAUAGUGGACGGACAUUAUCUAGGGGUGGCAUUCAGAGGACUAAAGGGCAGGAAGCUGUACCCUGUGGUGAGCGCCGUGUGGGGACACUGUGAAAUAAGAAUCCGCUACAUAAAUGGAUUGGAUCCUGAACCUCUGUCUCUGAUGGACCUGUGUAGGCGUUCGGUGAGGGUGGCAUUAGGAAGAGAGCGUCUGGGCGAAAUCCACAGACUGCCCCUGCCCGCCUCUCUCAAGAACUACCUGCUCUACCAAUGACGCCGCCGAUGGUAACGACGCACUCGGCAAGCCCUCCUUUUUCAUCUGGGAUCCUUCUCGGGUUGAACCCGUUUGACAACAUUGCUUAAGCCUCCUGGACUUGCUCAGCCUUUUUAAGUGCGCUUUUGUGAUAGUGGGUGGACACCUUUUGCGUUUCUCAUCCCGUUUCUAUGACUCUUUGCAAAUGUUCUCAAACUUUAUUAAAUCAGGAAUCACUGACCGCUAUGCACAUGCUGAUCCGGACGAUGCCCGGACAGUCGCCGUGUUGGUGUACCUCCCUGUUUUUAAGGCAAAUGUGACAUUUGUGGUCUGUAUCUCUGCUGUGACUUUAUUCCGAAUUUCUAUCCUAGCCUUUUUUUUUUUUUUUUUUUUUAAUUUGUCAUAUGUCUUUGCUCAAACGGAACUGUGAUGGAUAUUAACUUUUUAGAGUUGGUGCACAAAGCACUGCAAGCAUCUAACCACAAGGUGGCAGUAAACUAAUCUGUCCAUGCUCUCAACUUGUAUUGGAACUUUAAUUCCCAUUUGUUUUUAGAAUUUUUUUUUUUUUCUUUUUAAUGAAUAUUUAAUAAAAAUGUUGCUCACACAUCGCCUAAAGGAGAUGCUGACCACUAAAAGGUGAGUCUGCAUUGCGGCGUGGAUGAAUGCACUGAGGCAGCUCCAACCUCUCACUGUACUCUAUUACUCUGCGAUUAUGGAAGUGUGCCUCAGUGCUUACAUCAAGGUAUCCGACGGGAUCAUCCACACCAGAAAUUGUAACAUACGGUUAAUGUCACUGUGAUUUAUUUCUAGCAGGUAUCUGCAGGAAAUCUAGACACAUGUCUUUUUAAAGAAACAUUUCCGUCACUCCGGCUUUUUGUACGUGCAAUAGUUUUCAGGCACAAGCGGAAUGGGGUCUCUGUGAUGUUUUCUAUUUCACCAGUCUGGUUUGCAUAUAUCCAGCCAGAGAAUAGGCACUAACCAAUGAGCAGGGCACCAUAACAAGAGACAAUCUGCAACGUGCUGCACAAAUGGAAUAAAAGCUUCUGUGUGUGUGUGUAAAAAAAAAUAUAUGUAAUUAUGUAUAUAUACAUUUUUUACACAUUACAUACACUUUCAAACACCACGUCAUGGACCCGUUAACUAGUAUUUUUAAAUGUGCAGAUGUUUAGACACUGCGCCUCAUUCUAUUUUCCUUGAUUUCAGCUUCCAUUUUAUUUGUAUUGUAGAUUUGUAUGUCUAUUAAAGUUUAUUUCAAAGCAUA